AUGCCUAAACUCCUGCAAGGUAUUGUCACUGUCAUCGAAGUUUUCUACCAAUACGCCACUGAGUAUGGGAAAUGUGACAUGCUGAGCCCAAAAGAGAUGAAAGAACUUCUAGAAAAUGAGUUUCGCCAAAUUCUAAAGAAUCCAGAUGAUCCAGACACGGUAGAAAUCAUCAUGCAAAGUCUGGAUCGAGAUCAUAACAACAAAGUGGACUUUACUGAGUAUCUUCUCAUGAUAGUCAAGCUAUCUCAGGCUUGUAACAAAAUUAUUGGCAGAGAUUACUGCCAAGCUUCAGGGUCAAAGCAAAGAAAUCACAGUCACCAGCAACAAAAGGAACAGAGUGAAGAAGAAAACGACGACAAAGAGCAAGAUGCCUCUUCAAGUUCUUCAAGUUUUAGUGCAGGAGAGAAUGUUGCUUAUUCUAGGGACUCAAGAGGAAGAAAUCAACACAAAUCUGAGUCAAACUGUAGAAAACCAAGGAAUGGGAACCAACAAGGUUCUGAAGAAAGAACAACUUCAAGUCACUUCAAAAACAGUGAGAAAUAUGAACAGGGACAACAUGGAUCAGAAACAACCCACAUGCCUAGCCAGGGCAGAAGAUGUAAUUCAAAGGAAUCUUCUGGCUACCCUCUACAUGGCUCUGGUUCAGGACAGUCGGCUAGCAAGAGUAAAAAAGAUUCUAGCCAACAUCAGGACAAUGGUAAAGAAAACCAUGAUAUAAAACCAAGAGAAUCAUCAGGAUGUGAUAUAGGACAGUCAUCAACUUCCGGGACACAGAACUCAGGGUCAAGGCAUUCAUCAAGAGAGAAGAGAAAUAAUUUUGGGUCAUCAGAGUCUUCUAGUGUAGGUGAAUAUGGCCCUGCAUCUGGAGAGCAGUCAGGAUCUAUAGGGAAAAAAUCUGGACAAGGACAAUCUGCUGGAGGUAAACAAAAUGGCACAUCAUCAAGACAGUCAAUAAACUGGCAGUCAGCUUCUUCAGGAAAGCAUGGAUCAACUCAACGUCAUUCAUCGAGCCAAGAAAGGAACAGGUCUAGCUCAAGGGAGUCUUGUGGCUCCCAACAAUCUGGGUCUGGCUCAGGAGGGUCUUCUGGCUUUAAUCAACAUGCAUCUGGGCAAGGUCAGUCUUCUGGUGGUAGCCAACAGGGUUCCUUCUCUGGACAGUCAGGAGGUAGUCAUCAGCACAGCUCUUCCUGUGGUCAUUCCACUAGCUAUGGUCAGCAUGGCACUGGCUCUGGUCAGUCUUCCAGCAGUGGGACACACAAGGCAGGUUCAAGUCAUUCUUCUAGACAGAGCAGAAGUGGCUCUGGGUCAGGACAGUCUUCACAUUUAGGUGGAUAUGGUUCUACAUCGGGACAUUCUUCUAGCUCCGCGGGGCAAGGAUAUGGACAAGGACAGUCAUCUGGUACUGGACAAUGUGGUACUUCUUCAGGACAUUCAUCCAGCGGCAGCUCAGGUCAGUCCACUACCCACGGCAAGCAUGGAUCAGGAGUGAGCCAGUCUUCCAGAAACAGCAGAAGCAGGUCAAGCUCAAGGGAGUCUUACAGCUCCCAGAACUAUGGGUCUGGCUCAGGAGGGUCUUCUGGCUUUAGUCAACAUGGAUCUGGGCAAGGUCAGUCUUCUGGUGGUAGCCAACAGGGUUCCUUCUCUGGACAUGGACAACAGGGUUCUGGUUAUGGUCAGUCAUCCAGCUAUGGUACACACAACUCAGGGGCAAGUCAGUCUUCUAGCCAGAGUCCAAGUGGAUCUAGGUCAGGACAGUCUUGUGGUUCAGGAAAAUAUGGUUCUGCAUCGGGAAACUCUUCUGGCUCUGGUAGGCAAGGAUCUGGACAAGGUCACUCUUCUGGUAGGACACAGCGUGGCACAACAUCAAGUCAGUCAUCAAGCUAUGGCUCAGGUCAGUCCACUCUCUCUGGCAAGCAUGGAUCAACUCAACGUCAUUCAUCGAGCCAAGAAAGGAACAGGUCUAGCUCAAGGGAGUCUUGUGGCUCCCAACAAUUUGGGUCUGGCUCAGGAGAGUCUUCUGGCUUUAAUCAGCAUGGCUCUGGGCAUGGUCACUCUUCUCUUAGUGGGCAACAACAUUCCUCGUCUGGACAGUCAUGUGUCUGUGGUCUGCAUUCCAACGGAAGCAAUCCCAUCUGUAUCUGGAGCCUCCCUCUGGAGCAACUGCCAACUUCUGAGGAAUUCAGUCUUCGCUCAACAAACCUCAACUGCCCUUCCAAUGACACCCUUAGCCACACCUUACAAAGUCCUCACAUCCGGUCCACUGACGCAUUGUCGCCAGUUAACAGCGCUGUGAUUGCCACGGGCUUUUUCUACCUUCGCCAAGGAAUUCUGUACCUGGUUCUAGGUGGCUCAAGCUUAAAGCUGCUCUCAGCACAAACACAGUUCCUGAAAGGCAGCCCCUAG